AUGAAAGCGAGUCACAUAAUCGCAGUUCUCAACAUCUGCAAACGUGGAGAUGUCGUUUUCCUGAAUAAACUACUUGCCAGUGACUGCAAUUUCAGGGAAGUUGUUGACCGCAAGGGCCGCAAUGCGCUACAUUACUGUGCCGAGACGGACUCCGCUCUGUUGGGGCAGGCAAAAGCCGGGGGUCGGCUGGCCUGUGCGGAACUUCUCCUUGAAUCCAAAUUUGAUUUGCAAGGUCAGGCCGAUAACAACGCCUUUCAUCUGGCUGUUAUCUAUUCCAACUACGAGAUGCUGGAAUUUCUGCUGUCAGGCUCCUUUGAACUGAAAAACGUCCUCUACCAAUUCCAGGUGGAUGUUCAGCAGCAGGAUGCGCAGCAUGCCACCGCCCUCCACUACGCCAUCCAGCUACCAGAAGCAGUGGCCGCCUCCAUGAUAAAGUGCAUCGUGGAAAAGUCACAGAUUCGAAUCGACAGUCCCGAUGCCCAUAGACGAACGCCCCUCCAUUGGGCUGCUACCAUCGGCGCCGCUCACGCCGCCAGUAUUCUGAUUGAGCUGGGUGCUGACAUGACUCUGGUUGAUGAGAGCGGUCUCACAGCCCUGCACUGUGCUGCAUCACGUGGACAUUCGGGUACGGUGGACGCCAUCAUCAAGCAUCUCACAAAAAAGGAGUUUGAGGAGGAGACUACGAGUGAGGAGGAGGAGGAUGAAGAAACUGCAGAAGGUGAGCCAGGAGAGGAUCAAAAAAGGGCGAUUGAGCAAAGAAACCAUGUGAGCACUCUAAGAACAAGAGUUCUGGAUGCUAUGGACGCGGACGGAUGCACACCCCUCUUCUACUCAGUUACCAUGGGACACUCGAACGUCACCCGGAGGCUGCUGGUUGCCGGUGCAAAUGCCUGCAAGCGGGACAAUCGUGGUCGCGGUCUGUUACACUGUGUCAGUCGAUCCAUGGUGUCGGGCAGCGCCGCGGUUGUACCCCUGCUGGUGGCUCAUGGUGUCAAUCCUGAGUGGGUGAAUAUGAUGGGCGAGUCUGCUCUGCACGAAGCCAGUAGUAAUAUGAAUCGAGAGUGUGUUGUAGAGCUUCUGAAGCUGGCCCCAUGGCCAUGCCUCGUCCUCCUCCUCCUCACCCCUCGACUUGGUACACAACUGCCUUCAAAGUACGCCCAACUACCGGCCGGCGCUUGA